AUAACAGACUUCCACAGCAGGCUCCUCUCUCAAGCUACCAACAACUGCAGGAUCGGACCAAUAUGGCAACUACUCAAUGUAAAUGUCAAUACUGCAUGUCACCACUGCUUGGGAAGAAGUCUGUAGUGAAGGGUGACACCCUGUGCUGCGUCGCAUGCUAUGAGCGUAUCUUUGCUAACUACUGCGAGGGCUGCAAAGAACCUAUUGACUCUGAUUCCAAGGAUCUGUGUUACAAAGGCCGACACUGGCAUGGAGGAUGCUUCAAGUGUGCCAAAUGCAACCAGUCUUUGGUGGAAAAGCCUUUUGUGGCCAAGGAUGAGCGCCUGCUGUGCACGGAGUGCUACUCCAACGAGUGCUCCUCCAAGUGCUCCCACUGCAAGAAGCCCAUCAUGCCCGGUUCUCGCAAAAUGGAAUUUAAGGGAAACUACUGGCAUGAAACCUGCUUUGUGUGUGAGCACUGCCGACAACCAAUAGGAACCAAGCCUUUAAUUUCCAAGGAGAGUGGCAAUUAUUGUGUGCCAUGCUUUGAGAAGGAGUUUUCUCACUAUUGCAACUUCUGUAAGAAGGUGAUAACUUCAGGCGGAGUAACAUUUCAUGGCCAGCCCUGGCAUAGAGAGUGCUUUCUGUGCAGCGGCUGUAGGAAAGAACUCUACAACGAAGAGUUCAUGUCCAGAGAUGAUUAUCCGUUCUGCUUGGACUGCUACAACCAUCUUUUUGCCAAAAAGUGUGCAGCCUGCAACAAACCCAUUACUGGUCUCAGAGGGGCCAAGUUUAUCUGCUUUCAAGACCGCCAGUGGCACAGUGAGUGCUUUAACUGUGGGAGGUGCUCCGUCUCCCUGGUGGGGGAAGGCUUCCUGACCCAGAACAAGGACAUCUUCUGUCGCAAGUGCAGCUCGGGGAUGGACACUGACCUGUAGACAGACACCUCUGUCUCCAUCUGGACUUCACGUUGCUUUUGUUCUCACUAAAUACCGAACUUGGUGGAAGUAGUAGUUUUUGACUUGAGUUUUAGAAAAUAUUCAUGUCGACUUUAGAGUGGCAGAGCUUCUGCACACACUUAGCUUGAACUGUAAUGUAAGGGGAGGCGCACAGCGCUCAGCAAUGACUGUGUACUAAGUCAGCCGGUGCAGCUCCUGGUGAAACACUGCUCUCUGUUGUUAGGAUCAGGGCACUGUCACAGCUUCAAAUAAAGUAGAUGCCUAUCCUAGCAGGCCUGGGGAUGUUUCCAAAAACAGUUAUUUUUUCCAACACUAAAGCUUAUGAAUGAAAUCACGGAAGACACAUCAGCAGUGAAAUGCCAGGCGUGUAUCAUGAGGUGAGCAGAGGUGAUUUAUGUGUAGGGACAGAAGUCCUGCAGACAGCCUAUUAAUAUUUUGAGCAACAUCGAGGGAGCUAAUUGGCAUAUUAUUGAUAUACUCUUAUUGGAAGCUAAUGAUGAUAGCACCAUAGAGAAGCAGACUAUAAGUUAUCUUUUUUAAAAAAAUAGAAGAAUGUGGUGGAAAGUUAUCUGUCAACCAUUAAAUUACUUAUCAAGCAGUGAAGUAAGGAUGGUAAGGUAGGAAGAAAAGAAUUUUGAGGUACAAUGCUUAUUCCCCCAAAUGGAAUCUUUGGUAAUUAUAUGGGAACGAGCAAAAGAACACUGUUGCAGUGUGAUGAGCAAAUGAUAGUAGGGUCAUGGCACUAAGAAUACUUAAAGAAAACAUUAUGAAUAAAUAAAAUCUUGAACCUAGGGCACACCAAACCCUACCUCAAAACUAAUUUCUGGAUCCAAAUAAAGCAUUUAUGAGACACGUUUGCAUUGCCAGGUAGUUAUUAUACAGGAUAUGAUAGACUGACAAUGAGUGGUAGAAGAGAACUGAUUAGGAAAAUUGACUUAUGACUUCUAUAACCUUAAUCAAGGACCCUAUCCUGAUGGCAGAGUUUUGAAAAUGCUAGGCUGCUAACAGAAAGGUUGGCUGUUUGAACCCACCAGCCACUCAGUGGGCGCAAGAUGUGGCAAUUUGCUUCUGCAGAGAUUUGCUGUCCUAGAGAGGCCACGGAACACAUCUACUUGGUUGCAUAGGGCUGCUGUGAUUUCAAAUCACCUCAACGUAAGGGUGGUGGGUUCAUUGUCUGUAUCACUCGUUUGCUGCUCACACACAGUGAUUCUGGAGUUGAAAAACAAGCUGCAUUUGCUCUCAUCCGCACUGUGUCCGUAGCCAGUUGAUCCCGUUCCAGGUGGGAACAGCAGCACUUGGGCACAGACGUUGCUAGGGCUCUGCUCCCGUAGAGGCAAGGAAGGGAUCAUUGCUGCCAAGGCAUAGGUUUCCUCCUGUUUUGUAUUAAAUUUCUCUUCAAAGUUCACAAUGAUUGUUCGAAAUGCUUACAGGUUCCAUGAAGUGCAAGUCUGUUUUCUCACGUGGAGCAAACCAAGGAUCAUCAUUGCCCCCCAAAGGGAAACCUUUAAAACAAAUAGAUUGUUAAAUCAUCUCUUGUGGAAAUGAGCUGUAGGGAAGGGAUUGAAUGUUGGAACAUGAUUUUCAUCCAGAUUUCUCAAGGCAUAAUAGAAUGCAUAAUUAACUCUGAGCCUCAUGUAUUUUGCCCUCUAAAAUUGCAUAGAUGAUUAAUGGGCAGACGUAAAAGUGGGUUUUAAAGGAAUCUAGUAAUAAUAAGAACUGAAAAAAGUAAUUCACUGCUGAGAAUUCAGGACUGGCAACAUUGCAUAAUAGAGUAAUGUGGGCUGUAGGUGGCCCCACCCCACUGUCUCCACAUCACGCCAUCCACCUCUUCCUUUUGAACCAAUCAUGCUCCAGAGUAUCAAUUGACUGUGCGACCAGGGGGUGCACCCCGAACCGUGAGCAGCUCCUAGAAAUCCAUCAGUGUUCGUGGCAGCGCAAAGAAGCAACCCUCUCAGUUAAAAGUCCGUUACUGCAUGUUGAUCUUCAGAUCUGAAUGAACCAUCAGAUACCAACGAAUGGCCCCAUCUCCCGGCCCCUGAGCACUGUUUCCCGAGGGUGGAAAACAGGGAAAGCAGCCUCUGCUUUGCGCAGUCCGUCAUAACCCUGGUUUCGUGUUUCAAGGGGGGCAAGGAGGAGGCCAGGAGGAAACAUCACAGAGGCAUAUUUUUGUUACUGUCUGCGUUCAGAUUACGGCAUAGCAACAAAGGUUCUGAGUGAGUUCUAAUCAUAUGCUAUGGCUGAUUUUAAUGAUUAAAACAGCAUUUCAGGAGACUCAAUUAAAAUUGUUAUGGAAACACAACUUUUGAAAUAACAGUGCAAAAUCAUUUAGAGAUGCAGGGGAGUCAGAGGUAGAGACAAAAGGUGAGACGACAGCAACUAUUUGAAAAAAGAUUUGCCCCUUUUGGGAUCGACAGUUCCUCAGUUGUAUUUGUCCUGUGAAAUGUUGGCAAAACUAUAUCUGAUUUGAAACUUCUUACCUAGAACUGAAUAUGCCACCUUUUUUUAGCUCUAGAAACUAAUAGCAUCUGACAUAUUUAGAAAGCCAUGCCAUUGGAAAUCUGGACUGCUGUGCAACCUGUGAUGCUUCUUCCAUUCACCAAUGACAGAUGGCUAUGUCAUGCAGGAUACUUUGCUUAGCUAAGCAGUGGGUGAUAUCUGAGACUGUGUGUGUGUGUGUGUGUGUGUGUGUGUGCCCAUGCACAUUCAAUCUUUAUAAUUAAAUUUAUCUCAACUACUUCCUAGUGACCUUGUUAUACUUGGAUAACUAGAAAACUGUCUUAUUAUAUAUGUUUUGACAUAUAAAUACUACAAUAUUUAGAAGAUGGUUUCGUCUUUAACGACUUAUAAAACAUGUGCUUAUACGUGAUAGUGCAGUAGUUAAACACUUUUGGUUUACCAAAAGGUGGGUGAUUUGAGCCUGCACAGUGGCUCUGUAGGCCAAAAGACAUGGCGAUUUGCUCCCAUAAAGAAUACAACCUAGUUAAUUAACCCCAUGAGGCAUUUCUACCCUGAUCUAUACAGUCACUCUGAGUCAGAAUCAACUCCGUGGCAGUGAUUUUAUUUUAUUUUAAAUAGGAUCACUACAGAGACCUGAUAACCCUGUUGAAUGGGAUUGAUGGCGAUGAGUUGGAUUCUACUUAAUGGCACACAGCAACAGCAAUAUGUCCCAAAUCAGAGUUCCCCCAGUAUGGGGACUGCCAGGGUAGAUCAAGACAUAGGAAUGUGGGAGGGCCAGAGAGCCAUCCUUCAUGGUUAAAAAAUAGUGCCACCAUCCUCCCCAUAGCACCACCAUGCCAAAAAUACUGGAAUGUGUAUAGAAUGAUCUAGACAGAUCAAAGGAAAUGUCAUCUAUGGGAAUUGAUCUCAGCACGAUGCAAAGCCCUCAAACCGACCUCUCCAAGGAUGGAAACGGCUGUCUCAGGAAGUAGUGACUUCCCGGUGACUGAACGGGUGACAUCUGCACAGGCAGGAAAGCAAUAGAAAAAAGUCCGUGUGUUAAUAACAACCAGAUGGCUUGGGAGCAUCUGAGCGACUGUGCCAGAGAGCACAAAGAACAGAAAGUGCUAAAACACAAAAGGUCAGUUGAAGGAAGAAUAUUUACUCCUGGAAUAAAAGGUUUAGAUUUGAAGUUAUGGGCAAAGGAUACCAACUGGUUUUUACCUAGAAGGGGGAAGGGAUUGGGACCUUGUGUUUAGGUAUUUGAGGAACACGAUGGUAGUGAUUCUGCACGGAACAGAAAGGGAGAGGGCAGGGUUUCGAAGGUUAGGUCAAGCUGGAAUAGUACGUUUCACUCCAAGGUCCAGAGAAGAAAAAGAGAAGCAAAAGAAAAUGCAAGCCAAGGGCAAGAUUUGUUGAUAUAAGUGAGUGGACUGAUAAAGCAAAACAUUUCAUGUUGGUGAUUAAAGAUAGCAAAGGAAAAGCUGAAAAGAAUUUCAGUUUUCAUUUAACGGAAUUAUUAGAAAUGGUCCAUCUGGCUAGAAGGGGCAUCCGAGUUAACUUGAGUGACGGGGGAGGUAGUAAGUAGUAAGAGGGAAGACAGAGGCAAAGAGAAAAAGGAAGUCACACCAGGUCAACCUACAGUCAUUGCUUAAGUGAAGUUUGAUAGUGAUGUGAUGAUCAUGGGCUCAGAAUUUUUAAAUGGCUUUAAGAAAUGAAAUUCUCCAUUAAGUAUUGGAUUAUGAGACUGGCCCACCAUUGUGAUAAUGCUUAACAUCGAUCACAAAUGGUGCCAAUAAAAAAUUCACUGCAAAAUUCAGUACAACUGAUAACAAAAGUAGUGUUGAUAGCAUAAGCAUUAAGAAUGUGAACCACAAGGUUCAAACGCAUUAGUCACUCCACAGGAAAAGAUGCAGAUGUCUGCUCCCAUCAAAAUGUAUGCCCUUGGAGUGGA